AUGUCAGCUGAAAGUGAAUUUUGGAUAUAUCACGAGCGUCAACAGGCUCUGUUGUGUGGUCAGCAUGCAUUGAAUAACCUUGUUCAAGGAUGCGUUUUCUCGGCGGAUUCUCUUUCUCAGUUGGCACUGCAAUUAGACGAGAUGGAGCUUCAGUUCAUGUCUCAGAACAAUGAAGGUGGAGUCAGGUCCAAGGAUUAUCUGGAACGCUUGGCAGAGGGCUCGGCAAACGUAGACCCCUCCGGAAAUUUUUCGAUCGAAGUGCUGCGAGCAGCUUUGCAGCGGCAGUAUUCCUUGGAGUUGCCAAAUAUUCGACAAGAAGGCGUGGCUGGAGCUAUUGGGGAUGUUACAAACGUGGAAGGAUUCAUAUGCAACAAAGAAUCUCACUGGUUCGCGAUACGAAAGAUCAAUGAUAGAUUUUGGAAUCUCAACUCGAUGGAGGAACGCCCAAGCUUGAUUUCGCACUUUCGACUAGCAGCUGAAGUCCAAGGCCUUCAAGACAAUGGAUAUUCAGUGUUUAUUGUCAUGAGUGGUCUACCGGCACCAUGCACAUCAAAGGAAGAACAAACUCGUGGUCUUCCAGAAUAUUGGUGGAAAGAAGACGAUUUGGUGAAAGGAAAGGGUUCUAGCGCGAUCACUGGGGCCUCCUUUCCCGGCUCAGGAAUGCGUUUGGAUGGACAAUCAAACUCUCAUGAUCUUUCCAACUUGACAGAAGAAGAAAUGCUACAGAUAGCACUGGCACAAAGUAUGGAGCAGUCUGCAACGACAAGCGAAGCGAAAGCACUUGCAUUAACUCCUGAACCAGCAGCUGACGCUGCAGGAGCCGUCAAAAUUCAAUUCCGUUUGCCCAAUGGAGGUCGAUCUGUGCGACGAUUCUUGGAGAGUGAACCAGUUGAGAUGAUCCGUGCAUUCGUAGAGGAUGCUUCAAAUGAUGGUCAAGGGCGACAAUUGCAAUUGAAGUUUGGGUUUCCUCCAAAGGACUUGAAGACUGUUGCGAACAAGACAAUCGGAGAAGCUUCGUUGAAUGGAGAAAGCAUCCAAUGUCGGUAUGCCUAG